AUGUUGUCGUGUUGCAGGUCACGAAAGGAUACUUCCAGUGAACGAGAGCCUCUCCUUCCUGUCUCAGAGGCCGAAACUGAGCUGCAGCGGAAGGCGAAGGAGAAAUUUCGUCAAUAUGAGAUGCUUCGGGCGUUGUCCGCUGGCUAUAUGCCAUCCACGGAGCAAGCGGCAGCUCUAUUACGGCUUGUCCUCGUUUCCGACUUACUCAACCCAGAUAAUCCUAUGCUGAGCCCAAGUGGGGGGAAAAUAGCGAAGGACUGUCGAGCCUGGAUCCGAGUAUUCAUUGCCUUGUUGAGGGAGAAGAACAACAGAGACCAGCUGCAAGAAAUAAUUCACCAAUGCAUUAAUUCGAAUGCUUCUAUAAACACUGCUCAAAUUGCGUCCGCUGCAUCGUCAUCCAAGGCACGGGCAGACACUGUGGCUGCAUACGAAAGUGUUCGUACCGUCGGGAGCCUUCUUAUGACCAAUGCAGACUUCCGUCGUUUGAUCGGAGACAUUAGCACAAUUGGUCGAAGUAUUUUCUCAGACACCACAGCAUCACUUUCCGAUGCCAUAAACAAGGUUGCAGACGAGGUUGAGCCAUCUGAAUCACAGAAAAAGAGUGUUGAAACAUUUAAUGGUAACGGUGGCAAAGCUCCUACAACUGAUGAGCUAGCCCAAAAUGGCGAGCAGGUAAUAGAGGUUGCAAAAGAAGGGCUAAGGGAUACUGGACGCACUGCUAAAAAGAGUGCACAAGCAAACAUAUCCGCCGAAGUGCAAGAUUCACUCCUUUUGCGGAUGAAAAAGACAGUCGAAGACCUGCGUCUAAGGGCCGACUAUGAUAAAUCAGUGUCAACCCUAUCUGGACUGGCCCAACGCUAUGCAGGAAUAUAUAUGCGUACAAUAGGUUCCACGGUUGAAGGUGCUUCGAACGCCCUGUACGUUGACCCAGAACUGCAAGACGCCAUGAAGAAUUUAUGGAGUUUUGUGAACACAUUCGGAAGUCAGAAGGAAUGGCAGGCUCUCGAGGAUAAAUUCCGGCAGCUUAUGCAGACUUCUGGGAAGAGCACGGAGAUCAACGAUACCCUCGAACACAUUGGACAGUCGGUGUACAGACUAUUCACCGAUCCCUCCUUCUGGGAUACAAGUGAAGAUACCGUGCAGACAUUAAAAGAGAAGGUUAAGGAGGCUGGAGACGACUUACCACAGCAGGAAAUCAAGGACUUUAUCUAUCAGCUUAAGAAAACACUGGUAUCGGUAAUGCAAGAUGCAAGUGUUGUCAAACUCAUCACCGCCUCAAAGAAAAUUGCAUUGGACGUCUGCGAAGCCUACCGUAAUGAAGGCAUUCGCCUCAUGGCUGAUGCACUUAACAUCUUUCUCCCUCUUUUGAUUCGAGCAAUACAGCACAUACCCAUACCAAGGCUUGAGGUUUCAGUUCCACGGAUGGACCUACUUCUUGAAAACGUUGUGAUCGAGCCUGGUCACACCAUUCACAACUCUUCAUUCCUGCCAUACCGAGUAUUAGUCACCACGAUAAGUAAUAUGGAGCUUCGCAAAACGCACUCCAAGGAAGCUGUAUCUGGCAUGAAAAAUGUGGUUAAAGUCACCCUAAAUGGACUUUGUUUUUCCGCAAACGACUUCGGUUACUGGAUUCGGGCACAUCGGCCUUUGCUACCAUCCAUCUUUGACGAAGGUAUCGCCAGCUUCAGCCUUGAUCAGCGUGGAAUCGAUGUCUCAUGUGAGUUUGAAGUUGGCAAGGAACGUCUGGAACAGAUUCUAGCCCUCCGUUCAGUGCGUGUUCACAUCCAUAAGCUCGACUACUCCAUCAGCAAAAGCCGCUGGGCAUGUAUCCUAUGGGCCCUCAAGCCGUUCCUCAAACAUAUGAUCAGGCGCAGCCUCGAGAAAGUUAUAGCCGAAAAAAUAGUUAGCUUUGCUCGUGCGGCGAAUCGAGAACUACUCUUUAUGAGAGAGCGUCUACGCGCCACUCGCAUAGCUGACCCUGGUGACUUUUUGACGUUUGUCCGUGCAGUUUUGACCAGGCUGAGCGGAAGGGCGGACCCCGAUGUAUUCACCAGAUUCGGGUUCGAUGCUCAGCGAGGAGGUAUAUUUGAUGGUGUAUAUGCGCCAGGCAGCUUGGCCAAAGCCUGA